AUGAUGAAACGAAAGCAUAGAAAUUAUACUAUUCCUGUUGGAAUGACAACUUUUCAAAAGGACCUAGUUGAGAUUCUGGUGUCUCUCCAUGCCAAGUCCCUUUCAGAAGAAAUUGCUAAAUGGGUUUCUAAUUCUAUGCUCGAAGCAUCGUCUAACUCUGAUGUAUUCCCAAACGUCUCCACAAGACAGAUGACUUAUAUCUUGGAUGAUGCCAUUAGAGCAAUUGGGAAUCAUCCUUGUUUGCUGGUACAUCACUAUAUGCCAAGACAAGUUUUAUUAAUGGAACCUAGUGAACGAUUAUUUAGUACAAGUGAUAAGUUACAAAACUUGAGUGAUUUCAUUCAUAGUAUCAUUCUACGUGAUCGAUCUUCCUAUCCCAAAACAUCACCUUGUGCCUCCCCAUUGAAAAUUGCCUUAAUAUCGCAUAAUAUUAGAGAAGUAGAUAUCCUUGAAGGGUUUCUCUUGGGGAAACCAAUUAAACUGAAAAGGUUUGUUGGUACUUCUCUAUAUGAUGAAAAGCAUGUAUAUAUUCAAAAUGAAAAUAAAGGGUCACUUUCUCAUAUGAAUCAAAAUAGUACAAACAAUGAAGAUGAUGUACCGAUAUCAAGGUCUACUUCAAAUUCUUCUAAAAGUUCAACUCCGGUGGCAGACUCAAGCUCAAAUACAAAUAGUCAUUCACAUCCACAUAAAGAUAAUUAUGAAUAUUCAAAGAGAAGGAAAAGACAAAGAUUAAUAGAAAAUUCUAAACAAAAUGAAGAAGAUUGGAUUUUUUUAACUUCAACAAGACAUUUAAACAAUAAUCCAAAUCUUUUGUUGAUGCAUGAUGUAGAUAUCAUUAUCAGCUGUGAUCCUUUAAUUGAUUCUAACCAUCCUGCUAUAACGACAUCAAGAAACUCAUUUAAUAAGUCAAAGUCAAGCUCAAAGGAUAUCCCAUUUAUUAAAUUUCUAGUACAAGAUUCUCCUGAUCAUUAUAUUAUUAAAAAUCAUCUUGAUAAAGCUGCAAAUAAAAAUUCUAAUAAUAUUAAUAAUGAUGAUGAUUACUGUAACAUAUUAUCGUCUCUUUGUCAUUUUUUAACUGCCAGGAAAAAUAUUAUUGAAACUAAAAAUAAUGAUACACAUACAAUUGAUUAUAAAAAGUUUACCAAGAAUCUAUUAUCAAAAUCCGCAGAAGAAUAUAUCUUACCAGAAUGCCAUUUAUCAACUGGAUUCCAGAACGAUAAUAUAGAACUGUUAAAUGAAUGUUUAAUACCUUCGAUAUCAAAUUUACAUCAAACUACUAAUCCUGAUUCAAAUUUGAAAUUCGAUAUAAAAGAUAUUAAAAACAUGAAUGAAUAUCAAUUAGAAUUAACCAAAAAGACAAUAGAAUUAAUGGAUUAUGUUCAAAAUGAAGUGUCUAAAAAGUCAUUGGAAAUUGAAUAUAAAAGAUUAAAAGAAACUGAAAGACAGGACCAAUUGGAUGAACUGAAAAAAAAUAUAGGAACUUUAUUCAAGAAGACACAAGAUCAAGAAAAAUUAAUAAAUGAUUCAAAUAAAUCAUUAACUCAUGCUACUUCCGAAUCUUCCAAACUAGAUCAAGAAUUGAAUUUUUUGAAAAAUAAUAUUAAUAAAUUAGAAUCAUUAUUAGCCAUUGAUGAUAAUGAUUACACUGCUUUAAAUAUGUUAAUGUCACAAUAUUCAAAAGAAAAUAAUAAAUUAUUAGAUGAAAAAUUGUCAUUAGAUAAUAAAGUUCAAGAAAUUAAUACUUCAAAUGAUGAACUUCGAUCUAAGUAUCAAUUGACUUCAAAACAUGCCUUAGAUUUGGCUACGACUUUGAAAGAAGUACAAAAGAAACAUUCAAUAUUGAAAAACGAAUCAUCGGGGCCAUUAGGUACUACUGAAUUGAUGUCCUUAGAAAAUGAAAAGCAGAGAUUGAAAGAUGAAAUAUUUAGAUUAGAAGAACAAGAGAAAUUCAUGAAUGAUUAUGCUUCAAUAAUGGAAAAGCAUUAUAAAUUUAAUGAAGGCUUAAACGAUAGUUCAAAAAAUUUUAAUUCCUCAAAUAAUAGCUUAGGGAAUGGUAGAAAUCCAAUCAAGAGAGUAAGACAUCGGUCAACAAGAUCAAAUACCCCUUCCUACACUUAA